AUUUUCAACGUAAUAGGGAGCGUGCAUGAACUGUAGGAGGCAGCACAGGGGCCGUCAGAUUUUUAGCGCGAAGUGUAAAUUUGAAGUUUGUUGUUCCGAUGUAGCCCACAAGAUGGCAGAACCUACUAUGCACAAGAAAAUACGUGACGUGUAAAUGUGCAUGUUUAUGGUUCCGAUUCAGGCCACAAAAUGGCAGACCCUCCAAUGCGCACGGUCCCUAUCGGAAACCGGGAAGUGGAUCAAAUUUAACUUGUAAGAUUUGAUUACAGACCGACAGACAGACGACGGGACAUGUGAAACUAAAUAAAAGAUUGUAAAAAUACAGCUAAUUGCUUCAUUUUGACUAAAGAAAAAAAAAGAAAGGCAAACACUUUUACAGGACUUUAAUAUAAUGCCCACCGCUUUACAUAAUGCUUUAAUAUAAUGUUACGGGAUUUUAAUAAAUAAAAGGCUAAAUAAAUUUAGUUGCUUGAUCGUGCAGAAAGUGUCCCUGCAAUUAGAAUUGUUAAUUUUUUUAAAUGUUAGAUUUCGAAAAUCAUUUCGAGGUUGAGGGUUUCAAGUAGUUUCCGACAUUUUCUGCGAUAAUAAUCGAGGAUUGAAGAUAUGUAUUUCAACAAAUAUUAUGAAUUUGUCUAUUAGAACUUUCAAAAGCGACCCGGACCAUACGACCUAUGUCCUCAGUCUGACCGUGUAAAUAAUCUUAAACAAACGUCAGAAGAAAAAAAAACAGAUGGGAACAUUGGAAACUACUGAUAAGAGAUUUAAAACUUUUGUGAUAAGGAGUAGGCUCGAGCUAGAGCUAAUUUAUAGACAGUAAUAAUGCGUCGCGGGUGAUUGUUUUGUUUUAUCCCUGCUUGCCACUUAUUUUGUAUAGUGUACAUUUUUAUUUACUAAAGUGAACUAAUUGACAUCAAUGAUGUUUUCCAGUAUAAAACAAUCUGUAGGUAAACUGACUCGACCUUUAUCAAAUUGUAGUAAAUACAGUACCAAAACCUCUGAAAUCAGAAUUUAUGAGGUGGGUGUCAGAGAUGGUCUACAAAAUGAAGCUAAAUUUGUCCCUACAGAAAUUAAGGUUGAGUUAAUCAGCAAAUUAGCAGCUGCUGGAAUUAAGGAUAUUGAAUCUGCAAGUUUUGUUAGUCCUAAAUGGGUGAAACAAAUGAGUGAUGGAGCAGAAGUUAUGAAGACCAUUAAAAGGGAACCCGGAGUGAACUAUCCUGUACUAAUACCUAACCUUAAGGGCUAUGAAUUGGCUAAAAAAUGCAACAUCGAGGAAAUAGCCAUAUUCCCCGCUGGUUCGGAAUCAUUUUCUCAAAAGAACCUAAACUGCUCAAUGGAAGAGGGUCUAGCAAGAUUCCAGGUGGUUGCCGAGCAGGCGGUGAAGGACGGAAUCAGGGUCCGCGGCUAUGUGUCCUGUGUAGUCGGGUGUCCAUAUGAAGGACCUAUAUCACCUAAAUCUAUUGCUAAGCUGUCAGAAGACCUGCUGGACAUGGGUUGUUACGAGAUCUCUCUAGGGGACACCAUCGGCGUGGGCACGCCGGGCUCCGUCCGCCGGCUCAUGAAGGAGGUGCUGACCGUGGCGCCGCCAGAAAAGUUCGCCGUGCACUUCCACGACACCUACGGGCAGGGGCUCGCGAAUCUUGUGGCUGCUUUGGAGUUCGGGUGCACGACUGUGGACUCCUCGAUCUCGGGCCUGGGCGGUUGCCCUUAUGCUCGAGGCGCCAGCGGCAACCUCGCUACCGAGGACCUGGUCUACCACCUCUAUGGUCUUGGCGUCAACACCCACAUAGACCUCGUGAAGCUGGUCGAGGCGGGCCGGUACAUAUCCAACUUCCUAGGAAAACCUACAGACUCCAAAGUGAACAGAGCUCUGGGUGACAGAUUCAAAAACCACCGAGAUAUUGUCAAAAUUGCAGCUUGUAAACUUUAGUAUGUUAUUACUUAAGGAUGUCAACCAUACGUUAAUCAGAAUGUAAAUAUGUACAUGAUACGCAUAGGUAAAUAAUGAUAUUAAAGUUUUAUAUGCUUAUCA